CACGCGUCGGGCAGUCAGUCGCAAGCGGCCGAUGUGUCGACGUACCACCUUGUAUGCGAUCGCGCGUGUACGGUGCACGUUGGGUAGCGCACAUUCCUUUUUCAAAUUUCGUUGAAUCGUCGGAUCAGAGGCGAGGUGAAAAAGCAUCCGAUUAAAUGGAAAGGCGGGCGAGUUUUUUUUACCCUACGAUAGAAUUUCAAAUAAAAGUGGGGUGAAGACGGACAGAGAGAGAGAGAGAGAGAGAGGGAAACGAAUUAUCGGCGACUUUGGAAAUUUGGAAAAAUUUCGAUCACGUUGUUCGAUCUCGUUACCUACCUACCUACCUACCCACCUACCUAUACAUGGAAGAAAAGUGGCGCGAUUUUGAAAACGGAUACAAAAACGUCGGUGACGACAACCAUUCGUUUUUCGCUUCGGCUAGAUCGGUUUUCUUGUUGUUGUUGUUGUUGUUGUUGUUUUUUACACGAAGUGUCGGCGACGGGAAAUUUUUCCGAAAAAUUUCACCCUCGAUACGUCGGUGUUGCGAAAUAAUUUGAAAAUUUAAAAAAAACAAACAAAAACAAAACAAUAAUAAUCAAUCAAUUUUCAACGAUGUCACGAGAAAUUACCGCAGAUAUUAACGAAUUGGAUAACUGCGGCGAACCUCCCGGUAAACGUUGCUGAUCGAAUGAAAAUUCGUUUCGUUUAAUUGUGAGGAAUUUAAAUAAUUUGAUAAAAAAAAAAAAAGAACGAAAGAAAGAGAAACAAAAAAAAAAAACACUUAUUCAGUGAUUGGUAAAGUCUAAUUAUACUUUUUAUGGUGCGUGUAUCAUGAGAGUACUUUCGUACGCGGCGGGCAGUGUCUGAGAUCGAAGAAAAGCAGAAUUUUCGUCUGUUUUUCGAAGAGGUAUAACGAAAACUGAAGAGAAAAAAGCAAAAAAAAAAAAAAAAGUAUUCGACACCAGUUGCGAGUUGAGAAUAAAAUUGGCCGAUCGAAUCAGGCCACAAUUGUAUGCACCUAGGGCUAUGGGCGAGUAUUUAAUAAAAUCUUCGGAAUCUAAAGAAAAUAAAGUGGGCGAAACUUCGGAGGUGAUUACCGUAGCGGUUGAGGACCGAUUUACCGAGGGGGGGAUCGUCGAGCGGGCGACAAGGGAUUCGAAAAUCUUCGCAUCGGAUUUGGGAGGGAGAUGGAUUAGGAGGAAGAACAGUUUACAGGACAAGUUAUACGAGGGAUCGUCGGGAUCGAGGGCCGGUAAUUUGAGGAUAAAAUUAACGAUCGUCCUCCUGUUAGCCAUGACGUUCGCGAGGAUGACAAUUGCCUCGCCGACUCCCUCCCUGAAAAAAAUUCACAGAGAUUCGACUCAGGGUUCGAAAUCAACGACGGAUUACGAGGACGUCGUCGCAGACGGUGGAAAUCCACGAGCCAGGAGCCUCCGGGAUUUCGAUCGUCCGGAGGUAGAUCGUCCGAGUUUUUCCAACGACGAUUACGCCAUGGACGACGAUUAUUCUUUUCAAAACAUUCAGGAUCCCCCCCUCGAGUCGCACGAGUUGGAUAAGAUCAGAAAGAGCAUCAUGGAAGACCUCGGGCUCGCCAGGAUUCCGGAUCCUUCGAAGGCGAACGUCAGUCAAACCGAGUACGAAAAUGCGCACAGAGAGUACCUGAGAAGAGUUCAAUUGUCUGCAAACGGACAAAACAAGGAACAAAGAACGAGAAGAAGACUGCACGUAUUUUAUCCUGCAGAUCAACCUUACGUAUUUUCGAACGAUUCGUCGUCCGAGGUGAUGACGAGGAGGAGUUUCCCCACGAACGUAACGUCCACGUCCGCUUCGUCGUUGAACAACGCCCAUUCCAUAUACUUUCCCAUUAGAAUUCCAUCGGAAGAAGACCACGCUGUGGAUCACGCCACCUUGAGGUUACUGGUGUCCGGAAUCCGUGGCGAUUUCGAGGACAAUUUUUACCACGACUCGGAGGACCCCGUCGAAAUAUCCGUCUACCGGACGACGAGGUCAUCCCGGCGGCUCGUGAGCCGCCAGAAGAUCCUCGUCGAUCCCUCGGGACCGAGGUGGGUGGAGUUCGACUCGACGGAGGCGGUCGCCUCCUGGAUACACGAGGGCGCAGAGAACUUCGGUUUCGCGAUGGAGGCGAGCCGAAAGGGCGCCCCGUUGCUCUGGUUUCCGGCCAGUCCGGCCCUGAACGUUUUCACGGUAUCGGAAGCGAGGAGUCCCGGCGUCAGGAACCGGAGGGCCACGCCGGACCAGCUCCUCUCGCUGCACAGGGGGAGGAGAACGGAGUGCAGAGGGCAGAACAAGAAGUGCUGCCGUCACCAGAUGACCGUGAUUUUCAAGGACCUCAAGGGCUUCGAGUUCAUACUGCAGCCGAAGGACUUCGACGCGGGUUAUUGCAAGGGUAGAUGCCCGCCGCGUUACAAUCCCGCGCAUCAUCACGCGCUCCUCCAGAGUCUGAUAUGGAAGGAGGACAGGAAAAAGGCGCCGAGGCCCUGCUGCGCCCCCAGCAAACUCGCCGAACUCGAGAUAUUGUACUUCGACGAGAACGACACGACGAAACUGAAGGUGUCCAACUGGAAGAACAUGAAAGUAUUGGAGUGCGCGUGUUCUUAGUGAAUUGUAACGAUUGAACGAUAAUUGUAAAAAUUGAAGCGAAACGAUCGUUGUUUUAAUAUUUAACUAAUCGCGCGGUUGUGACUUUCUAUGUCAUAUGGAGAAAAAAAAAAAAAAAGAAAUGGAAGACACGUUGCAACCGUGUGUGUAUACCGCUACGGGACGAGUGAUCCGUUGACUGUUUCCAAAAUGACCUUGAACGACGUCAGAUUAAUGUUAAAUGUACGAAAGCAGCCGAUUUCUCAACGGCUGAAAUUGACCCUCCUUUAUUUUCUACGAUAAAAUAAUCCUAAUGUUAAAUAUUAUCGUUAUUAUUAUUGUAACAAUUAGUCGUAUACACGUCGCUACACACCUUGAUAAAUUAUGUAGAAAAAUUUUAAAAACGAAAAAAAAAAUCAAACAAAAAAUACAAAAAAAAAACAAAUUAUCAAAUAUAAAUCGAAUGUAUACAUACGUGUACGCGAAAUUAUGCGUAGGUGUAUGUAUAUAUUUAUUUAUCGACUAACCAAAGAAUUCUAUGAAAAAAAUAAAAUAAAUAAUUAAAUAAAAAAAAAAAAAACUGUCGGUCGACUCCUUGAUGAUUAUUAAUUGCAGGGUAUUGCGCUGCUUUGACUGUGAUAUAUAAAAAUAAUUACGCAUGUUAAAUUAUGAAAAAAAAAAAAAAAAAUUAAAUGAUUAUA